UCAUCGUGUGUUUUGAGGCUCGACGGUCUGUCAUCUAGAAAGUUCCAGAGAAACACCCCAGAAGAGACGAGGAAGCGCAGGUAACACAGUUCGUCCGCCGAGGGAGAAAUAGUCGACGUUGGAAAAUGUCUGUUAUUUCGGAGGAAAACGUGCGGGGGAAGAACCUCUUCAAGGAUAUCAGCGCCGAUGACGAAGACUGGCAGCCCACUGAGAUCGAGAGUAUGUGUAUGAACUGCCACCAGAACGGUACGACACGUUUACUUAUGACCAAAAUCCCAUUCUUCAAAGAAAUCAUCGUCAGCUCCUUCAGCUGCGACAACUGCAGCUGGUCGAACACCGAGAUCCAGUCUGCGGGCCGGAUACAAGAUCAGGGCGUUUGUUACACGCUCAAAGUCAGAACGAAACUGGACCUAAACCGGGAGGUUGUGAAAGCAGACAGUGCGACCACCAGGAUCCCCGAGCUGGAUUUUGAAAUCCCUCCCUUCACCCAGAAAGGCGCCCUUUCUACCAUCGAGGGCCUCUUGGACAGAGCCGUUGCGGGGCUGGAGCAGGAGCAGCCUAUCCGGAGGGAGACUGACCCAGAGGUGGCUGAGAAGAUAGACGGGUUCAUCCUGAAGCUCCGGGAGUUAAAAGAGGUCGAAGACGAGUUCACGCUGGUGAUCGAGGAUCCGUCCGGCAACAGUUUUGUGGAAAAUCCCACGGCCCCUCAAAAAGAUGAGGCUCUCACUGUGUCCUACUUCAAGAGGACGGCCCAGCACGACAUGCAGCUGGGGCUACGGGCGGAUGAUGACUUGGAGGACGAGGAGCCGGCUGGCAACGACAUCGAUGACAUGAGAGACGAGGUCCUGGCCUUCACCACCAACUGCCCCGAGUGCAACGCGCCGGCCUCCACCAACAUGAAGCUCAUCCAGAUCCCCCACUUCAAGGAGGUCAUCAUCAUGGCCACCAACUGCGACAGCUGUGGCCACCGGACCAACGAGGUGAAGUCCGGCGGGGCCACGGAGCAGAUGGGCACCAAGAUCACCCUGCGCAUCACCGACAUCUCCGACAUGACGCGGGACGUGCUCAAGUCGGAGACGUGCAACAUCGCCAUCCCGGAGCUGAAGUUCGAGCUGGGGAUGGGGGCCGUGAGCGGGAAGUUCACCACCCUGGAGGGGCUGCUGACGGACAUCAAGGACCUGGUCGUGUCCAAAAACCCCUUCAUCUGCGGCGACAGUGGCGUCACGGAUCAGGUGGAGAAGCUGAACGCGUUCGGGGAGAAGCUCGACAAGAUCAUGGCCGGAGAGAUGAAUGUCCACAUCGUCCUGGACGACCCGACGGGGAACAGCUACAUGCAGAACAUAUACGCCCCGGAUCCAGAUCCCGAGAUCACUACUGAGAAGUACACCCGCACGUUUGAGCAGAACGAAGACCUGGGCCUGAACGACAUGAAGACUGAGGGAUAUCAGGAGGAGGAAUGAUCUGACUGCGCCGCCUGAAAGGACUAAAUGAGCUAAUGAUUGGUUAAUGUCGAGUCAAACACCCAGUGUAGUUACAUCGCUCCAUAUUUUCUUCCAUUUACAUACGUUUUAAGUUGAACGCAGGGCGAAUGGUUGUUUCCAUCGGUAUAUUAAUCAGUAAAAGGAAUUCUAAGUUGUCUCAUUGUACAGUGAAAAUGAACACAAGUCAUUUGUAAAAGGCAUAGAUGCUGCUGUUAUUAAAGAUGUGUCCUUUA